AUGUUUGGUGACACUGAAAAUCCUAUUGGAGUUGGUGUAGAAAGUCGUGAGUUGAUUUGUGUUGGGAACCCAUCAAAACGUCGUUUAAAAAUUCAAUUUUCUGCAACUGAAAACAUUAUAAAAUAUACAAUUAGAACAGAACCAAAAGUAAUUUCUUUACAAAAAGGAAAAGCAGUUGAAUUUGAAAUAUUUGUUAAACCAAAAUGUUCAUGCAAAAUUGAUGACAAAAUCAUUCUUUUUUCAAAAAACUUGGAAGACGGUAUUACACAAGACAACCAAAUAAUUUUGAGUAUUUACACUGAAAUAACGACGCGACUUGACCCGGACGAAUUGGUUGAAGACAAGAAACUUGGAGAAACUUCUUUUGGAAUUGUGUACAAAGAAACUUUUAGAGGAAAUUGUGUUGCAAUUAAAAAAAUGAAGGAAUUCCACGAAAAUGAUUUAGAUGAAUUUGAAAAUGAAAUUAAGAUGUUGGACGAAUUUCAAAGUGAAUAUAUCGUCCAUUUUUAUGGCGCAGUGUUUAUACCAAAUAAAGUGUGUAUGGUCACUGAGUUUGCACAAUUUGGAAGUUUACAAAACUUGAUGAAAAACAGAACAAGUAAUAAUGUUGAUAUGAAAUUACGAACUAAAUUUGUAUUGGAUGCAUCAAAAGGGAUAUUGUAUUUACAUGAGAAUGGGAUAUUACACAGAGACAUCAAACCAGACAAUUUUCUGGUAUUUUCAUUUGAUUUAAAUGACAAAGCAAAUGCUAAAUUGACUGAUUUUGGAUCAUUUAGAAAUAUCAAUAUGUUGAUGACUAACAUGACAUUUACAAAAGGUAUUGGAACACCAACUUAUAUGGCGCCUGAAGUUCUUGAACAAGAAAAAUACAAAAAACCGGCUGAUGUAUAUUCGUUUGCCAUUACAAUGUACGAAGUCAUGGGGUGGGGUGAAGCGUAUUCUGUUGAUAUUUUUAGAUUUCCGUGGACCAUUGCAGAGUUUGUGACAGCAGGAAAACGUCUCGAGAAUAGAAAAAACAUACCAGAAACAUUAUUCAAAAUAAUUGAAAAAUGUUGGAAACAAAAUCCAAAAGAACGGGAAACAAUUACCCAAGUGGUUGAUUUACUUCAACAUGUUUACGAAAUUUAA